AUGAGCAAGAUGAAGGAAAAUCAGACCAAUGGGGUCUCGAACAACGUCGAAACGGACAACAGCAGGAAAGAUGAUAAAGAGCUCAAGUUUUAUGUGCACUGGGUCGAUUUCAACCGACGACUUGACUCUUGGAUUGACAAGUGCGGGAUAGGAAACGUAAGUUCGACGAGUUCACACAUGAGAAUCAUGAUGACCAUGAGGUACGAUGAGCUCCAACUCUCUCCGAGCACGGAAAGAUCCUGUUUGCAGGGAUUGGGAGAGGCGGACUUGAAGGAGCACGAGGAGCUGACGAAAGUGAAGAAUGUGAACAAAAUUCAGUUCGGCAAGUACAUCUUGGAGACUUGGUACUUCAGCCCGCUGCCUAGAGAGAUCUGGAAGGCCGGAGACGACGUGAUCGACCAGCUUUACAUGUGCGAGUUUGCCCUCAACUUCUACAAGACCAAGGCAGAGCUCGAACGACACCAGAAGAAGAACACCAUGCGGCACCCGCCGGGCGAUGAGAUCUACCGGAAUGGCGACCUUUCGGUGUUCGAGGUGGAUGGAGAGAAGUCCAAGAUAUGGUGUCAGAACCUUUGUUACCUCGCAAAGAUGUUCUUGGACCACAAGUACCUCUACUAUGACGUCGACCCUUUCUUCUUCUACGUUGUGUGCGAAUGUGAUUCCCAGGGGUUUCACAUCGUUGGUUAUUUCUCGAAGGAAAAAGAAUCUGCAAACGGCUACAACCUUGCUUGCAUUUUGACUCUCCCUCAACAUCAGAGGAAGGGAUACGGCAAGUUCAUCAUCAACUUCUCCUACGCUCUCAGCAAGAUCGAGAAGAAGCACGGCUCGCCUGAGAAGCCGCUCUCUGACCUCGGGCGCGUUAGCUAUGAGAGCUUCUGGGCACGGAGACCCAACCCUGAGGAUCGGAUGAUCUCCAUCGAGGAGCUGGCGGAUGCCACUGCCUUCACUCUUGUCGAUAUCAAGGCGACGUUGGACCGACUUCAGAUCCUCCAGUACAACCAGGGGCAGCACUACAUCAACGCCAACCCCAAGAUCAUUGACUACCACCUCCAGAAGUGCGGGGGGGAGGGGAUCCCCGUCGACCCCUCCAAGAUCCACUGGACGCCCCAUCUCACCAACGAUCGAUGGCUGAGGUGA